AUGGCUUCGCAAUAUCGCAACUCUUACUAUCAACACUCUUCGCGCGACACAUACGAAUACGGCAUCCAGCGGCGGCCGACUACGGACCGCCUUGAGUCUCGGCCGGCGCGGACGAGCGACAGCAACACCAUUAGCACAACUUCGUCGUCUUCCGGUCGCGAGUCGUCUGCUACAGCUAUGACCAGCAUGACCGAGCCGCCGACGUACUCGAAGAAGAUCGUCGUCGUGGGCGAUGGCGGCUGUGGCAAGACAUGUCUGCUCAUCAGUUACAGCCAGGGCUACUUCCCCGAGAAAUACGUCCCCACCGUCUUUGAGAACUACAUCACCUAUCCAACACACCCGCCGUCCGGCAAGACGGUUGAGCUGGCACUGUGGGAUACAGCCGGUCAAGAAGAGUACGACCGGCUCCGGCCACUCUCGUACCCGGAAACCGACCUCAUUUUUGUGUGCUUUGCUAUCGACUGCCCGAACUCACUCGAGAACGUCAUGGACAAGUGGUACCCCGAAGUGUUGCAUUUCUGCCCGUACACGCCGCUGAUCCUCGUCGGCCUCAAGUCUGACUUGAGGUUCAAGAAGACGUGCAUCGACAUGCUCAAGACGCAAGGCCUGACGCCUGUGACUACCGAGCAAGGUCUCGCCGUCGCCAAGAAGAUGGGUGCCCAGUACAUGGAGUGCAGCAGCAAAGAGAUGAAGGGUGUCGACGAGAUCUUUGAGCAGGCGCUUCUGACUGUUGUCGCCAACGACCGCAGAAACAUCGAGGCACAGACGGCCGGCGGCGGCAAAAAUGGUGCCAGUGGUACUGGUGCUUCCAACACCGGUGGCAGUGGUGUCACCUUUGGCAGUAGCAGCGGCAACAUUCCCAUUGGUGGACCGAUGAAGCGGAAGAAGAGACGCUGCAUUCCACUGUAG